AGAAAAAUCAUUCAUUCAAUUCAAGUUUUUCUCCCUGCAAUGUUUUUGCAAUUCGCCUUUUUUUGGGUUUUCAUGGAUAUUGUGUAAAAUAUACAGUUUUAAAUUAAUAGUGGUAGACCUUCCCACAUAUCAAUGAUAAAUUGAUAAGCAAAUUAGUGCCAUAAAGUUAGGUAUCGUCUUAAAAUUCUAGGAGACGUGUUUACAGAUUUAAUGAGACUACCAUCUAAAUAAAACACCGGAAUGAACAAUCGGAGCCGGUAAUAAAGUACCUAAUAACUCAGAUAAAGAUGUUACUGCAAGCUGUAUUUCUAGUAUUUAUCUACUUAGGCCAGCAGGCUAAAGGUGCACAAAUCGCGGACGUUUUUCUAGAGAGAUUAAAAUCGAAGUAUGGUUUGGAUUUAGCCGUUUACUGGGAAUGCGCCAAGGUGCUGGAGAAGCAAUGUUCACAACUAGAGGAAGACCUCGCGUUUCUCAAAUGUUUCUACACCUCGACCAGCAACAAGACACACGACUCGCAUCACUGUCAGCACGUCAUCUGGACCCUGAAGGCUGAUAUUCUUGAUAAUGACUUCCUCUCUUACAAACUGAAAGUUCCAUGUCAAGAUGAACCGGCUAUCUCUGACUGCAUUACCUCGGAAGUUGCCAUUGACUGUGUGUUGAAAAAAAAACCUAGUGUAAAAGACAGGAACUGCAGAAGUAUUAUAAAUAGGCUUGAGAAUUUUAUAUUCAAUGACUGGCAGAUUACAACGAAUUUUCUUAAAAGAUGUAUGUAUGAUAUACAGACAAAUACAUGUGGACGCAUCCCUGGGGACCCCAGAAGCCUGUCUCAAAUUGAUACUUUGAAAUGUUUGCAAACAAAAGAGGAGUCACUGAGGCCGCAGUGCCAGGCGGAGGUCACCGUGCUGAGAGAAAUGAAGUACAACACUCUGCAAUUAGACAAGGUUGUGUUUGCAGCUUGCAAUUUGGAGCAAAAGAGCUUUUGUCCGGAUGAAAUCAAUGGUUCCUGGCUCAUGUACAAAUGUUUAGUGCGACACAAGCAUGAGAAUGGUAUGACAAAGAGGUGCCAGGAUCUUUUAUUUUAUGAUCAAAGAACUAUGGUGCUGAACUACAAGAUGAGCAGAGGCCUGGUGAAGUCCUGCAAGGAAGACAUCCGGAAGUAUCACUGCAGGAAAGGAGUGGUUGAAGACAAAGAUGUGAGGCUGGCACAAAUACUGCUCUGUCUUGAGAAUGUGUCUCGCAAUGACACCACCAAACUAGCCCCGGAAUGCACAGCGGAGAUGAAUGACCACAGAAAAAUGCUAAUGGAGGAUUACCGUCUCUCUCCAGAAUUAAUGCAGAACUGUGCCAAUGACAUCAGCAUUCUAUGCAAAGGAAUUGAAGCAGGGGGGAAAACAAUACACUGCCUUAUGGAUCAUGCAAGACCAAGGAGAAGGAAGGAAAAACGAAUCAGCAUAGCAUGUCAGAAGUCCCUGGAAGUGCUAGUUGAAAGUGCAGACCCUGGGGAGGACUGGAGGGUUGAUCCAGUCCUGAGGAAGGCAUGCAAGCCUGUGGUGGACAGAGCCUGCAGAGAGGUCACUGGAGGGAAUGGAAGAGUCAUAUCCUGCCUCAUGGAAAAACUGGGAACAGCAGUCAUGAUCCCUGAGUGUGAAACUGCUUUACUCCAAAUACAAUAUUUUGUGUCCAGAGAUUUUAGACUAGACCCUCAGUUGUACAAAGCGUGCAAAUAUGAUGCUGUUACACUGUGUUAUGCUAAAUUGCAGUGGGCUGAUUUGAAUGAGCAUCAGUCAGAAAAGGACCCCUUGGUUUUGCCCUGUUUGUACAAGUAUGCAUACAAUACUGACCUGGGCAACAGGCUGAAGCCUGGAUGCGAGCAGCAAGUCAGGAGAGUCAUGAGGCAAAGAGCAAUAAGUGUUGACAUGUUGCCAGAGAUUGAAGAUGUGUGCAUAGAUGACUUGGCAAAUAUUUGCUUUGAAAACACAGGGAAAGGAGAGGAAAUAGACUGUUUACAAAAUAAAAUUAAUGAGCUCUCCCCUAAAUGCAAAGAUGCUGUAAAUUCUUUUACUGAAACACAAAGCGGCCAUAUUGAGUUGAACCCAGUUGUGAACAUGAACUGCCGCAUUCCCAUGGAGAGGCUCUGCGCCUCCGAACUGAAAAGUAAGAAGGAUGAAGAUGAAAUAAUGGAAUGUCUCAUAUCACGUAAAAAUCACCCAGAAAUAAAAUCCAACUUAAAAUGCAGGGCUGCAAUUGAACAUGUACAGUUAAUUUCGCUUAAAAACUACAGAUUCACAAGGAAGUUUAAGAAUUCUUGCAAGUCUUAUGUACUAAGAUUUUGUCCGAAAGCUCAAACAAAAGGGAAGGUGAUCACCUGUUUGAGUGAAAUUGUACGAAAUGACACGAUAUCUGGGCGCAAACACAUAAUAUCCAAAGACUGCCGCCAGCAGUUGAGGAGUCAAUUGUUUCAGCAGAAAGAGAACAUUGACCUUGACCCAGAGUUGAAAGAGGCUUGUAAGAAGGACUUGCUGGUGUACUGUCCCAAUGUCCAGCACGGGGAGUCCGCUGCCCUGGAAUGUCUGCAGAUAUCUAAAGGCAAGCUGACAGACUCGUGCCGGCGAGCACUGUUUGUUGUCAAGAAGCAAGAGUUCACAGACAAUGCUGUGGACUACCAUUUAAUGAACAGUUGCAGUGACAUGAUUGACCUGUAUUGCCAUAAUACGGAGCCUACUAAGGUCCUUGACUGUCUGAAGGCUCAUAAGCAGGAAUCAGAUUUCAAUGAGAACUGCAAAAUAGUGAUUAUUAACCGACUUGCGGAGCAGAAUACUGACUAUCGAUUCAACAACAAGCUGCGGAGUGCAUGUGAGCCUGACAUCAAGUCCUAUUGUGCUGAAGUUAUUGCGAAUGAACCUCAAGACAUGGAGUUUGAGGGUAAAGUGCUGUACUGUUUGAAGGAGAAAUUCCGGGAGUCCAAACUGACUACAGUAUGCGAAAACCAACUAGCGAAUGUUUUGAAAGAGCAAGCGCUGAACUAUCGACUGGACCCGCUGCUUGGCAAACUAUGCAAGGCCGAGAUACAGACUAUAUGCUCUGGACCUAAUGAUUCCAUCACCAACUCUGAUGGACAUGUGCAAGAGUGCCUCAAAAACGCGCUCCUAAACCACAAGAUAGUGUCAGCGGAGUGCGCUCGCGAGGUGGUGCAGAUCAUCGAGGAGGCGUCCGCGGACAUCGACGCGGACCCGCUGCUGGAGCGCUCCUGCGCGCUGGACCUGCUGCAGUACUGCAAGGAGCUCGAGCACGGCGCCGGCCGACGUCUCAAAUGUUUGAAAAUAAUACUAAAUGAUGAAAACAGGAAGUUGGAGCCCGAAUGUCACAAAGAACUCUCAAGAAGACUAGAAAUGUAUAGAUACGUAGCUGCUGUAAAUGUUGUAGAGAACUUCGGCGAUGUAUAUAGUGAAAUAUCGUCAUCACCCUCUAAGAAGUACUUUUUAGUUGUAGGCAUAUCUAUUAUAGGUUUAAUUUUUAUAUUUGGUUUAUACUGUGGUCGAUUGACUAAAAAGGCAAUGUAUGUGAAAAGAAAAUAGUGAAAAUAGAAUAAGUAUUAAAAACGAUCUUAACUUUA